AGCUUGAAGAUAGCCUUUUCUAGGACGAAAUAGCAUCAAAGAGCGUGUUACACACACACACACAGACAUGAGGAUAUGCAUUCCUUCAAUUCUUCUUUGAUCAUCUGAUAGACAAGAUGUACUCUUACUAAAAGACUUUUGUAGGCUGCAACAUUCAUUGGCUAGAGGUCACAUCUUCAAGUCGCCGUUUUAUUAACACAAACUGGCUAUAAUGUCAAUUUUGAAAUGCUAGAUUUAGAUCUUUAUUGGAGCAUAGUCGACAAUAUGGAUAUCACAGGCUACAGCGAUACUCAUACUUCAAUGCACGGUUUUGAUAAAAUGGAAGUCAUAGGAACACAAAUGGGUAUGGUGUCUACAAUGGAUUCUAACGGUAUUUCGAGUAAUGCUGGAAGUUGUGAUUCUUCUGGAAAAAUACUUAGUGUUAAACAAGAAACCAAUAAAACAUAUCAUCUAAUGUCCACAGAUAUUGCAUCAAAACAAGAUGUACAAAGCAUAGUGGUUAAAUCCAACGAGGAACAAUGCAAUUUAAUCAAAGUUCGUGUGGGCUUCGACAUUACACGUAAAGGUGAAAGAAGCUUAGUGAUUGAUGGAUACAAAUUUACUAAGUCAAGAGAUGGCAUGGGUGAUCGUGUGUUUUGGCGAUGUUCUCGACGGGAGUGUAAAGCUACAGCUGUUACCGUUUCAAAUAAAGUAGAACAUGUACGAUCGAUUCACUGCCACUCACCACCAGUUGCAGCAGAAUUUUUUUCCGAGGAUUCUUCUCGAUUUGAACAAGAAGUACGCUUUAAUAAUGUAGUCUACACUCAACGAUCUCGGAUUCGUAGACGCAGUCAACCGAAUCCUUCUACUAAAGUAUCGAAACAAUUAGUGAUGAAACAGUUUUGUCUGGACAAGAAAAAAGCAUCAACAGGUUCUACUACAUGUUCUGUCACAUCAGAAAUUCCUUGCGAAACCUAUUCUUCAGAUUUUUUAAAUGUGGACUGUUCAAAUAACAUUUUAUCACCUGCAAAGAAACGACAUCGUUCCGAUCAAGUUACAUCUGACUACAUAACUUUACAAACAAUGUCUGCUUUAUUAAAUAAGUGGGCUGAUUCAAAACAAAUGGCAAACACGAAUAAUGAUGACAUAGAAGGAAAUCUUUCAAAUAACUCAAACAGUCUUUUAUCUACUACUAACAUGCUGAUAACUGAUCCUUCUGACGAAAAUGAUAAUAAUUCCUUGAACAGCAUUCCAGUUACAUCUAUUAACGGUUAUUUAAGCUCAUUUCACGAAGAUUCAUUUCCCAAUUCAGAUGAUCAACCUAGUUCAGGAUCUGCCACUUUAGAACAGUUAGCUGCUUUAGCCACUUCUUUAAAUAAUAUUUCUAACCAUAUCCUCGAGAAAGGAUCGAAAAUGAUGAACGAAGUAAAUUCAUCUCCGAAUAAUGAUGAAACAACGAUGAAGUUUACAAAUAAAGCAUCAAUACAAAGUACCAAAAACAAUGAUCUACCUAAAACUAAUAAAUAUGAUAUAGAACAAUCGGCUACAAGUUCGUAUACAGUUGACAUCAAUCCCACUAGACAUCACCCUCAUGAGCAAAUUGUUCUCCUUAGUAAUGAUCGACUAAAUGAUUUAUUGAAAAUAGUGAGUUGUGGUACAAUGAUGAAUAAUGAUAUUUCAAUAAAAAGUGGUCCUAUCAAUACUUCUGCUUUUCAAGGAUCACCUACAAUAAGCAACGGCUUGUUAAAAUCUACAGGAUAUUCAAAACUUUCAGAUGCUCAUUGUACUAAUAGUCUAUCAAAAUGCACUGCUACUCAUUGCUGUUCAUAUUAUCCAAGAGCUAAUAUCACAAUGGAAAAUCCUAAUAAUGUGUAUACUCCUCCAUCUCUUCAGUAUACCUCUUGCUGUUCAACAAAUGGUAUUUCAAGUCAAAUUGUUCAUUUUUCUGUAAAUAGUAGUUCAACUGCCUUAUCCAACAAACAACCUGUAACUAUGGAUAAUGAUGAAUAUAGUUCAAUUCGAGAUGUUAAUAAUAAUAAUAUUAAUAAUGCUAAUGGUAAUAAGUUAUCAUCUUCAAACUUAAUAGUCCAUUGGAAGAAGGAGAAAAUACGUGAAUCUGUUGAAGAAUGCGGUGUGCCUUCAAUAAACAGUAGAUUUUAUGAUGAAAAUGUUACUAUUCCACAAAAUGUUUAUUUAGAUAAACACACUUCGGAUACUGCACAAUUGAGUACACCAUGGAAUAUUGAUCAGUUUCCAACGAACAAUAAUUCAAUUUCUAAGUGUUCACCAGAAAAUAUUCCUGACACUAUCAAUGGGAAAUCUGUAAACUAUAGUCCACAGAACACAUCAACUUCACUAUCUAGUACAAAUGGAACAUUAAAUAAAGCUCAAUCCAAAGACAGUAUUACUGCUUAUUCAAAUUGUCUUCCUAUGUCUAAUUCAGAUCAAAACGAUGAUCAAUUUUUAUAUAAUCAAAUUCAAGAUGAUAUCCUCAUUAAAAUAUUGAAUAAAAUACAACAGUUAACGGCUAAACUUGAUGCUGAUGCUAAUCCACCAGAGGUAAUCCAAAAUUGUCGUGCAAUUCAAGCCUGUUUAGAUACAAUUAAUGCAAUAAAAAGAGUAAAAUCAAAUCGAUCCGAUGAUGAGUGUAGUAGAUCAGAAGUAUCAUUAGCCUCAUACAAUUCACAUUUUACACAUCAUUUAAAUUCACUAAGUACUAAUUAUUCUAUACAACAGCACAAUGGAUUCUCAUCAUCAUCAUUAUCACCACCACCACCACCACAACAACAACAGCCCAGUGUUAUUCAACCUUUAUAAAAAAUUUAUUUUUCUAUUUAUACUACGGUUUUCGUUAGUAGCAGUAUUUGUAUCAUUAAUUUUAUUUCCCAAAAAUACCAUGUACGUUCGGUUUUUAAAAAUAAUAAUAAUAAUAUUUACGGAUUCUGAUUAUUUUCAUGGAUUUUGUUUUACUUGCUAUGUGUGUAAUCUUAAGUAUGUAGAGCCGUUAUUGAUGUUUACACAAAUAAGCAAGCACUAUUCAGUUUUCUUUUCAUUAUUCCAUAUUACCAUUUCGUAUUUAAAUGCUGCAUUAAACAAAAAAAUUAAAUAGAAUUCUAUGAAACAAUGCUCUCAAUAUCAUACAUACAUAUAUAUAUUAAUGGAAACCGGUGAAGUUUUAAAUUGUAUGAAGUUAACAGUAUUUCUCUCUAAUCCCUUUAUAACGUGUGAAUUAUAGUCGACAAAUGGUGUUGUUAUCUUUGUCUUUGUUUGUCUAAUGACAAAAAGUGAUUUUCAUGCUUAGUUUUGUUUCUUGCUUAGUAAUAAUACAAUGCGUAUCAUUUUAUUUUUUAUAGUUUUUUAAAAUGAAUUUAUAUUUUUCUUCGUAUUGUUUUGAUAUUUACAUUUUGAUUAGUAUUUUCUGUGAAUUUUAAUCUUUUCAUAAUAAACCAGUAUACAUCUAUACUUACAUAUACAUA